AUGGUAAAUGGUUACUCCAUCAGUGUGGUAACGAUGAAUGUGGACAGUCACAGCGAGAACGAGCAUUCAUGGACAGAAAAUUCAUUGACCUCUACUUUUAGAUACCUUGAAGAGAUAAUGGCUGAGGCCAUCCAGCUGGUUGCCUUAAACGCAACAGGCGCGAGGGAAAAUGAUCCUGCAAACCAGACAGUCGAAAAGACAGGCAUACAGGAAGAAACAGGCGAUGUGCGAGAAGCAGAGGCAGCCGUGACACAACCAAUUAACGAGGCGAACACUCCAGGAGAAUCUGCUCCAUCAAAUGAAACGACCGUAGAAGCUGAGCGGCAACCCAUGGCAACACUUAUACGAGAGAGUCCACGCCCUGUUUGCAGUCAUUAUCAACGCCGAUGCUUGGUCCGGUUUCCCUGUUGUGGAAAGUUCUCCACUUGCCACUGCUGCCACAACGAGUCUGAUUGUACUGAGGAUCAGGCAAGAGCAGCAAAUGCCACUUAUAUACGCUGUACUAUCUGCUAUGACGAACAAGGGGUGAGACUUUUUUUGAGAACAGAAUUUAAGUUUCCCUCGCUUUCUUUUUUAAGACGAGAUAUACAGCAACAAAGUUCCUGUAGAUGCAAUCAAAUUGCCUUGUUUAAAGAAAUGCUGUAAAUUGACCGCCUAAAUGAUUUUCUCUCUCUUAUUUGUAUGACAUUCUCCAUGCAUUUCAGAUCGACGAAAAUAGCCAGGGGUGCGGCUCCUGCAACUCGAAAAUGUCGGAAUAUUUCUGUGCAACAUGUAAACACUUUACGUCUGUUGACAAGAACCCUUUCCAUUGUACGAAGUGUGGGAUCUGCAGGUUAGGUGCUAUGCUCCGGCCAUGUACAUUUACUUCAGAAUAUGUUUCAAUAAAUCAUCAAUUCAGCCUUGAAACAGUUAGAGAUUUUUUACAUAGUUUUAAGAAGUAAUAACCUUUGUCGGCCUCGCACGCAUUGACCUCAUACACAGGCUUUUUUCUUUAAGAUAAGGUCUUUGGAAAAUAAUUUUCCUUUCUUACAAGUACAAGCGAAUAACUAUUUGAGGUAAUUUGAAGUGGAAAGCUGAAGAAUUGCAGGGGAAGGAUUAUUUGCUUUGCCACAGUUUCCAUCGGGUAUAGAGGGAGUAGUAUAAACCUAGUGAGUAUAGUUAUUCUGGUGAGGGUAGGUUUCUUAUUCAUUACAAAACACUGUUAUUUUUCUGCAUUACUUCUUAAUUAUUGGAUAGAAUCCAUAGCGACAGAUCCUUCCACUGUGAUGUUUUUAACGUAUGCCUGGAAAAACGUCUUGAUGGAAAACGUAAGUGUAGACCUGAUUCGGGACACGAUGAAUGCUGUAUUUGUCUAGAGGUG